UCGCGCGCGCCGCUGGUAUCGUUCCACCCACUGCACAUUAAACCCGCGAUCUGUACGUACCACCAUGACUAAUCGGUUCCGCGGUUUUCCAUGAACGUUUUCGUACUCCAACAGUUGUGUAAACACUUCAAUGACAUAUUUUUUUAAACAUUUUAUACAGCUAUUUCGUCAAGUGUAUCUUAGAUAGUGUGUGUCAAGGUUCGUUAGGUCGCCGAAAGUUUGAGAUUUAAUCAGAAGAAUGGCGCCGGCACUUCAGAACGUUGAUCAUUUCCUAGAUGAAGAUUCGCAAAUUAAAAUGAGACUUUUAGAAGAUAGUUAUAAGCUUGAUAAUGAAAAUAAUAACACAGAUCUGAAACGAGAAGUAAAUGAUAAAAUGAGUGGUGAUAUGGACUUCGAUAUAGUUAAAUAUGAAGCUAUGGAAUUUAGGGCGCAAAUUAGAUGGCCAGACCUAAUAGUACAAGUCUCGUUACAUUGCGUAUCGAUUUAUGGAUUUUACCUUAUGAUAACUAAUCAAGUGAAAUUUCUUACUACACUUUUUGUAUUCGCCACAAUAUAUACGUCGGGGUUGGGCAUAACGGCUGGAGUUCAUAGGCUAUGGUCGCAUAGAGCCUACAGAGCGCGGAUGCCUCUCAGGAUUUUACUCGCACUACUGUUCACAAUCACCGGACAAAGGGACAUAUACACUUGGGCCUUAGAUCACAGGGUACACCACAAGUAUACAGAAACCGUCGCAGAUCCCCACGAUAUCAAUAGGGGAUUCUGGUUUGCUCACGUCGGUUGGUUGGUGCUGACGCCUCACCCGGCUGUGGAAGACCGACGAAUUGCUCUGCGAAAAACCUCAUUAGACCUCUUACAUGAUCCUGUUGUAAAAUUACAAAAAAAGUUCUUCAUUCCUUUAUUUUUGCUACUAAACGUGAUAUUACCGGUGGCAAUCCCAAUGUACUUUUGGCAAGAAACACUACUGAACAGUUUCGUGGUGAGCUUCGUGACGCGAUUCACCAUCACACUCAACAUCGCUUUCUGCGUGAAUAGCUUUGCACACAUAUGGGGCAACAAGCCUUACGAUAGAUUUAUAAGAUCUGUCGAAAACAAGAUGGUAAGCUUAGCCGCACUCGGGGAAGGCUGGCACAACUACCAUCACGUGUUCCCGUGGGACUACAGGACGUCGGAGCUGGGAAGACUCAACGUGUCUACUAGUUUCAUCGAUUUCUUUGCUAAAAUUGGAUGGGCUUAUGACUUAAAAGCAGCAACGUCUUUGAUGAUUAUAAACAAAGCGAAGCGAAGUGGCGACGGCACUUUGGGGGAGACGGAGGAACCCGAUCCAACAUCCACUUCAGACAGCCGAAAUUGGGAUUAAAAACUAAUUUCUAACAUAAAGAAGGGUAUCUUAAAAUAAAUAGUUUAAUAUAAUAUAAGAACUUAGUUACGCGACGAUCACUUGUUUUUAUUUUCGCUGGAGUUUAGUAGACUAUAUAUAGCAAAAUGAGCACCGCCCCUAGAUGACUGAUUUGAGCACUAAGACAAAACUGAUUCAAAAUUCAAAAUUCAUUUAUUUCAAGUAGGCCUAAUAUAAGCACUUUUGAAAC